AGUACCACCUGCGACAGAUUUAAUUUAGUUUUGAUGUAUUGCAGAUCAAGAUGAAAGCCGUUAUUUUGAGUUUGCUUGCAAUUGCAUCAGCCGGUGCUGAUGAUCCUCUAUGUGCGGGUCUUCCGGCUGAUCAGGUGGUACUGUUUCCGUCACCGAUCUACUGCAACCAUUACUACAAGUGUUUGAAUGGGGUGUUUAGUGAAGAGAUUUGCGAGGAAGGUUUAUAUUUUAGUCCAUCUAGCAAUCGGUGUGUGGAGGCGCAGUAUGCUGAAUGUAAUGGGGGAAGUGGGGCGCCUGACGACACUACGAGUACUACUGUUCAAACAACUACAACUACGUCUACACCUACGCCUACUACGACGACGACUUCUACAACUACAACUACUACCCCUACCACUACUACUACCCCUACCACUACUACUACUCCUACCACUACUACCACUACUCCUACCACAACUACUACUACUCCUACCACUACAACUACUACUACUCCUACUACUACAACUACUACUACUCCUACUACUACUACUUCCAGUGGUACUACCUCAGAGGAUCUGGAUCCGAGAUGCAUAGAUAGCGAUAUUUCGUACUGGCCACAUCCCCACUUCUGUCAUUUGUACAUAGAGUGCUACCAUGGUGGUUCCUAUGAAAUGAAAUGCCCUGACAAUACAUACUUUUCAGAUAAUCAUAAGUUAUGCGUAGAAGCUGAAGAAUCAGAAUGUUGUGCCGAAAAUGUAUCACAGUGUAUUUAAGUCAAUAUAUAUAUAGUUUACAA